GCCAACAUCAGAGUGAUCAAAAUUUCGACGAAACGGAAUGUACCGACAAGAUCUACUUGAAGAGCGGGCUUUGUGAUAAAUCAUCAUUUAUCAAUAAAUAAACAUUACCACCCGUAAUUUUAAACUUAUUUUUUGGAGGUGAUAUUGCUUUUUUUGUCUGAGAAAAAAUUAUUUUCAAAAAUCAUGUCAGAAGAUAAGAAGGAAACAAAGGGUGAGACAGAGCACAUCAAUUUAAAGGUUCUUGGUCAAGAUAGUGCAGUGGUUCAGUUCAAAAUAAAGAAACAUACACCCCUGCGAAAACUGAUGAGUGCUUACUGUGAUCGUGAGGGUUUGGCAAUUGCAGCAGUAAGAUUCAGAUUCGACGGACAGGCAAUUGAUGAGUCAGACACCCCUUCCAGCCUCGAGAUGGAGGAGGGUGAUACUAUUGAAGUCUAUCAGCAACAAACAGGCGGGACAUGUUGAGUGGAAAGAUCGCUAUUAUCAUAGAUUCAUUCAACUUUCCUACCCUACAAAUCGAUGACAUUGUUUUGUUAUUUUUAUGUCUCUUACUUUUUUUUGUAAUACUUAAAUUCGAAUUUGAUAAGAACGGAUGUGAAAAGACAUUGCAAUCAGUCUGUUAGGAGGAUUAUUUUCAGCUUUUGGUAGAUAAUAAUUUCUUGGUACUAUUAUAACCAAAAUUUAUUAAUAAUGGCUUUGGAUCCUAAAACAUUUCUUAGCCAGAGUAUAGAUUGGUUCCGAGAGUUCUCCAUCUCUGCAAAGUUUUUGAACCCUAUCAGACUUAAUUUUUUCAAGCCAUUUUGAGAUUCCAUUAUUUUCCAGUUCACGUCUUCAUACUUUUUCAUAAUUUCCAUUCACAUUUUAUUAAGUUAAGGAAUAUAAUGAUAAUGAUAAACGUUGGAAGAAUAAGAAAAAUGUGAAAAUACAAAAAAAACUUUGUAUAGAAAUAUCUAACGUCUAAAUGUAAUAACAUAUGAAGUUCAUGUAAUAAACUCAGUUUUUCGAUAAAAUGGCGUUCAUCAUGACAGAUGUUAGGAGACAAUUGGGAUAGAAAUAAUAAAAUACUUUUAUUUCGA